CCGGGAUCGCUGCGGUCGCCCCGGAGGCAGCGCUUCCUUUGCUGCACAGAGGAUGAAUGGCUCUGCAAGGUCAUCUCUGCUUUCGGCUGCGCGGCGGCGGCACUGAAGAUGAUUUCUCCAGGUCAAACACUGAACACGUUUCACCUGAGCAAUUUCAUAGCGAUUUUGAUUUGUCUUGAUUGGCUCUAAGGGAAGGUUGUUCCUGACCACGAUCCCCUUGAUACAAAUACUGCUCCGCAAGAGUAUUGCUGGAGGAAGCUGACUGCGAGCUACAGCUCAGAGAAAUUCCAUGGGGACAGUACCAGAUCCUCUGAGGUCUGCCAAACUUUUGUUGGUUGCCACUUCUGAAGAGAGAGAUUGCCUGGGAGAUCCGCAAUCCACUAAGCACCAGCACAAACAAGCAAGCCUAGAGAGAAGCAGUAAUGGCAUUUCUUACACCCAGGCUGAAUUUGACCUGAACUGUACUGUAGUUUCCGACAUUGAAAGGGAUGAGCAUCUCUGUGGGGAUGAUACUAGCCAGCCAGAUAUGUUUUUGCCUGGGUCCUUCAGCCAAGCUGAAGUGCCUCCUGCAUGUACAGAAUCGACCAGUGACUCCGAGCAAAAGGUCAGCAGUAACUCCACAGUGCAAACACCGAUUAUAGCAAGAACCUGUGCAGUGGGGCAUGCAACAGAUAUGAUGCCAGCUACCCACAAUUCCAACCAGCUUAUACAAAGUGACCCACCAAGGAUAAAGUCACUGGCACAAGUUGAUGACUGUGCAGUGAAGGUCUGUAGGAUGAAUGAUCCGGCAGAACUUCAGGAGUUAAAUUAUCUUUCCCCAGACAACACUGUCAAGAGUAGUAAGUCCUGUCACCAUUCUUCUCAAGCAAAUACCCUGCAAAGAAUAGACAUGGAAAAAGAAAAAGCAGUGGAAAUAAAUGACCCUGACUUCUCUCUGGCAGCCACUCCAGUGAGGGACUUUGAAGCUAUUCCUGAUCUGGGGAUCAGGCUACAGGUUUAUUCAGAAGCAGAGAUAAGGGCUGCAAAUGAUGUGAAAUUCUGUCCCACUUUUAGGACUGCACUUGCACAGAGCAAUGAUGCUUUGCCACCAUCCAGCUUUGAGGGGACACUGCCCGUGUGCAAGGCAGAGACAGAGAAAACAGGACCAGUGCUGCCUCAGCUCUCCAGAUUCAGAGAAGCAAGUACAAUGACAGUCCAGCCUGAGAGCACAUCUUUAACUCAGGAGGCAGUGAACAGGACAUGGCGUGAUGCUGAGGUUCAGGCAGUGGCCAGUAUGGAGACCAAAUCCGCUUCCACCAGCCCAAGUAUCCUUGCUGCAUUCCUCAAGGGGAAUCUUCCUUCAGAGGCAAAUGAGCAAUUGCACAUCAUUUAUCAGAGUGGUGGUGGGCAGAACCAGUCAGAACUUGCUAAUGACUUUGCAUCACUCCAAGAUCCAGCCUUGUGUCUUGAUAUCGUACCAGAAGUGUGUGCUCUGACAGUGGUGAUGGAUACAGUGAAAGCUCAGCCUGCCAAACUGCAAAAGCAUCAAGGAGACCCGCCUGACACCAUCUGUCCCGUGCUGUCAGGUAGCACAACUCCUGCCUGUCUGUGCCCACAAGGAGCCGGGAAUACCCAGGGAAUACCUGCUGAUGGGGCAGAAACACAAGUAGCCUGCUUCGCCAGAGACAGCACAGACAUUCCUCAGCUGCCAUCAGAUGCUGCAGUCUUACUGAGGGCAAAACCUGUUUACCAGAUUAUGGUUAACACCAGUAAUCAACCUGCAGCAUCUCAGGAGUCUGGAGAUGGUGAACCGCACCUGUCUCCAUUUGCAGCAAUCCCAGAAGCCAGCAACAACUUUAUGCACCAAGUCAGUGAUUCAGAAAGUAACCAGUUACCUGGACACAGUAGGGUACCCCAUGGAACUGAGCAGACAGAUACCCUGUGCAGCGCAGACGGUAGCAACACUCAUAGAAAGCCUUCGCAGUUCCAAAGUGUUGAUGAAGUGCAAAUCAGUCUGGCUAAUGUCAAAACAGAGAGAAAGCCAAAGAAGGAAGAAAAGCUAAUGCUGCUUGAUUCUAAAGGAGGAGUUAACACCAGUACUAGAACUGCUGCUGGCUCUAUGAAGGUGUUUGCACCAGGCACAGUUAAAACGGAGCAGGAUAAAAUGUUGGAAGAAACUAAUCAGGCCAAGAAGUCCAGCAGUCUGAGUCUGCAAGCUGGAUUUACACCUGAGCUUAAUAUAAAUUCUACCCACGACCCCCAUAGGCUGGGGACCCCAACAGCUCCACCAGAUCAAAUUAGCAAGACCAGUGAAAUCAGGAAGGAAUCAACAGCUGUUCCUGCCUCUGCUCCACUACUGCCACAUCUUGGGGAAAAGAAGAAAAAGCCCACGGUGGCCACAGAGGCAAAAGUACAGGUGCAGCAAUCCAAGCACAUCAGAGAUGUUGUGUGGGAUGAACAAGGCAUGACAUGGGAGGUAUAUGGUGCUUCGCUAGACCCAGAGUCACUGGGAAUCGCUAUCCAAAAUCACUUACAAAGACAAAUACGAGAACAUGAGAAACUGAUCAGGGCACAAAGCACCCAGAACCGGAAAUCGAUUUCCUCGGAUACAUCUUCAAAUAAAAAACUUAAAGGGAGGCAGCAUAAUGUGUUCCAGUCCAUGCUGCAGAACUUUAGACGACCUAACUGUUGUAUCCGACCUGCUCCUUCUUCUGUGUUAGACUGACGGGGGUUUGUGUGUCCACAGGGACAACCCCCCCCCCCCCAAAGGUGGAAAGAAACCCCACUGUUCAGUUGUAUUAUCUGGGAUUAUGAUGCAGUGACCGUGGAAAUUAUUACCUGAAAUUUUCAGAAUAGUCACUACAUUGUCGCUGGAUGAGGUGUCACCCCUUUGUUGUUUCUGUAGUAGACCCUCACCCCGUCUACUGUCAAAUGAAAAGCGAGGCACUUCGCAAAAGCACAAUUUUAAAUUGGCCAAUGUACUGCAGUGAGACUGGGAUCUCCUGACAAGACACGAGGCAGAGAGAAGACCAGCAUAAGUGUUUAUCAAAAGUGAUCUUUGUUGUAUCACAGGGACUAGCAUAAGGUUUGGUGGUGGUGGUUCUUUUUAAUUAAACUAACCUUAAAUAACUGUAAACACACACAUACUUUCCAAUACUAACAAAUACAAAAUUUCUUUUAAAAAAUCUGCAUUAAGUGCAUGAAAGGAAUAAAAGGUUAAUAGCUUUCAGUGAUAACAUAUAAAAGGGGAAUUUUCCAAAGACACCAAGGUAGGUAAGUGCUCAUCUCCCGUUGAAAUAUAACAACAUUUGGUUUCCUAGCACCAUUAGGCUUGUUAGGAAAUCCCAGCAUUAACUAAUAAAAGGUAACUGUUGAUGAGGGGAAUCGCUAGAGCUAGCCGUUAAAAUUCUGAAGUAGAGAAGUAAUUAUGAGGAAUGCUCUGUAGUCCUUUUAGAAUUCUCUUUCUUUUAAAAGAAAAGAACUUUCAGGCGUAUUCUUUCCAAAGAGAAGAGUGGUGAGCAAAUCAAAUAUGAAUUUUCAAAUCAUUUUAGCUUCCACAGAAGCAUGUUAAAGUCUCUAUUGUACAGUUACUUGCAUCUGACCACAAAUCAGUUUUUUGUAUGUUGGUAAAU